UCCUUCAAUUGGGUGCCACUUUUCUCUCUUCAAAAUCUAAACACUGAAUCUCAUCUCCCAACUGUCCAAGUAAUAAUUUAAGUACGGAGUACAUUCUUUACUUGACCCAACCCCUGUUUACCAUAACCUUGCAAUAUUGUCUUUAAAACCCCCUUUACAAAAAUCAGAAUAAUUUAAUUAAUACUUUACCAAUUAACCUCAGUAUUAAUUAUCUUUGAUUAACACUAAUCAAUUUGUUGAAAUCCAAUAAUACCAGCACUGUUGCACUUGAUCCCGUCAGAACUCAACCCAGCAUAAAAAAAACACACUCAUUAGUUUGUUGAUUAGCCCACUCAAAAAAUUGAAAAAAAAAUGGGAAAGUGUUUCAGCUUCACAUCAACACGAGAUUCAUGCUACAAAUACUCAUUCGAAAACGCAGGAUUAAAAUCAAGCACAACAAAUCUAGAAGAAGGCACAACAACAAUCCAUUGUUGGUCACCCAAAAAACACAACCAAAACAAACCAACCCUUGUUUUACUCCAUGGGUUAGGUGCAAACGCUAUGUGGCAAUGGGAUUACUUCAUCUCACCAUUAAUCCCCAAAUUCAACGUCUAUGUCCCUGAUCUUCUGUUCUUUGGUGAAUCAUACACGACCCGGCCCGAACGGGCCGAGUCUUUUCAAGCUCAGUGUGUGAUGAGGAUGAUGAUUGAGGGAUUUGGGGUUAGGAAAAUGAGUGUAUGUGGGGUUAGUUAUGGUGGAUUUGUGGGAUAUAGUAUGGCAGUACAAUUCCCAGAUUGUGUGGAGAAAUUGGUGAUAAUAAGUUCAGGGAUUUGUUUGGAAGAGAAAGAUAUGGAUCAAGGGAUGUUUAAAGUGAAUAGUAUUGAUGAUGCUGCCGCCAUUUUGCUUCCUCAAACGCCCAAGAAACUCAAGGAAUUGGUGCACCUUUCUUUUUACAAACCUACCACCAACCUUAUUCCUUCUUGCUUCCUAUCUGAUUUUAUUCAAGUGAUGUGCACAGAAAACCGAGAGGAGAGAAAACAGUUGGUUGUAGCCCUGCAUAAGGAUAGAAAACUCGCUAACCUUCCUAAGAUCAAUCAGACUACAUUGAUCAUCUGGGGGGAACAGGAUCAGGUGUUUCCAGUAGAACUUGCUCACAGAUUAAAAAGGCAUAUAGGUGAAAGCGCGCAACUAGUCAUAGUCAAGAAAGCAGGGCAUGCACUUAACUUAGAGAAGCCCAAAGUGCUGUACAAGACCAUGAAGGAUUUUCUCUUCAAUCCGGUUACAAAAUCUGAAAGUAACGGCAAUUAGUAAGUAGUUUGGAUUUAAGAGGGGAUUGUUUAUUGUAUAAUUCUUCCCAUUCAUGAAGCAAUGCAGAGUUAUGGAUGUGUAUUAAUGUAUUAUACACUAACUUUGCUCGAAAUACUGUUAUGUACCUAUUGAGGUUGGCAUGAGUGGUUAAGGACCUCUUGCUCCUUAACCAAGGUCUCGGGUUCGAGCCUUGGGAAUGGAAAAAAUCUCAAUUGGGAGGGAUGCUGCCCAUCGAGGUACCCAUGCAAACUCCCGCGGGAGAUUAGUCCACUCGCCGAAGGCGGUAGGAACUCCUCGUAGUAGAACCAAAAAAAAAAUACUGUUAUGUAUAAAAUUGGCGAGUCUGGAGUCUGGACUAACUGGCUUAUUCCUGGAA